ACAGUUACAAACGUCGCGCAAAUCCGCUUAUACGCUUUGCAUAGGAUUCAAUUCCAGUACAGUUUGUUAUGAUAGUACGACCCUUAAUCCCGGAGCAGAGCUUCAAACUGAAACCGAACUCCUCCCUCUCAGAGUUGCCGGCAAACGAGCUUCCCGGGGAGGUGUUUUGACACAUCGGAACAAUAACAGAGAGUACUCAUUGACGUUCUACUGACAAGACGCCCUAGAAACUUCCGAUUCCUCACUAGAACAACUACAAGAGAAAGGACAAGACUUGAGACAUUUCCAGAAAGCGAAGAAAGGUGUACGGAGUACGCGUGGGCGGAUAUGAAGCUGAUUUGUACUGGUGUGAUUGUGACAUUCACUGUGCUGGAGCUCGCUGGUUGUCAGAGCCUUGCAGGGCUUAUAUCUCUAGACCCCGCGUCUAACGAAGUUCCAGCGAAUCUCUUGAAACGACCCACGCAAAAACCACAAAAGCGCAAAAUGUCGCGAAAAGACCGGUGCUGCUCUCUUGGAAGAGAAAUGGCAAAGAUUGGAGAGGCUUGUGUUUAUGCCACGACACUCGCUUCGAUCGCCCCGAACAACGAACAUUUCCAUAAGAUGAAAACAAAGAUUUGGAUUCACCCUGCAAGACCUUUUAAAAAUGUACGACUGAGGAAAUGUAAGAAGUACAAAGUGGCUUAUGAAAAAUGCUGCGCAUACGAGGCUGAUUUGAUUGACCAAGAUUUGAAGCGAAUGUUGAAUAGGUUGCAAGAGUUUUUUGAAAAAAGGCGGCGAAAAGGAAGAAGGGGAAAAAGCAAGAAAAGAAUGAUACAUGGGAAAACACGGCAGGCUAAGCAACUGCGAAAGAAAACGGGGCAAGGAAUUUAAGACGGUGCGCACCGGAUGAUAAAAAUGCACAACUUUUGCAAUUGGUCUGAUAAAUUUGAACAUUUGCAAAUAUUAAACAGUGACAAAAAGCUUCAAGGAGAACAUUUCCUUUGAAAAGACUAAAAAAUUCCAUGAAAUUCAACGCCACACUUGAUUCGCGGUUCACGGGGUACAUUAAAUCAUUGACCUUGAAUUUUCGCUGGCGUUUUUUGUGUGUUAAAUACUUCAAAAGGGACACAACUGGUCUAAUUAUCUGAGACCUUGGUGGCCUGAUAUUGUUUGGCAACGUUUAGUAUCAUAACAAGGGGCUUUCGUCGGAUCAUUUCUCAGCGCAAUUAUGGAGUUCGUGAGUAAAAGCACACGUCUUGGCACGACCCAAGCAAUCUAUGGUUCUUGAUAAUUCUAAAAUAUUCCAUUCGUUGUUAAAAUUUUAGUUUAACUAUUUUUAUAUCAGGCGAGCUGCGACUGAAAUGGAUUGUGGAUCCGUGGUACAUCGCAUAUAAGUGCAAAUGCACGGUAGCAUGUUUCUUAUUGUCACAGUUAGGAGCAAAGCAUAGCCCGAGAAAUUGAUAUUCCAUAACCCAGUCAUACAGGGUGGUAAAGGGUGUUUUCGUGAAACGAGAUUUGGCCAUUUUUCACUGCCAGAAACGUGAAAUCUUCCAUUUCGAUGUCCGUGAAACGUGAUCCAACUAUCUCCCCGUGAAACGAGAUUUAGAACUUUUGAGGCUGCGUUGACCGAGAUUUAGUUUAUUCCUGUUAUUCUAGUCUAAUUAUAGUAAUUUUCUUGAUGCCGUUUGUUUCAACCCGUGAAACGUUAAAAAGGCAUUUUUCGGUCCGUGAAAACGUGAUCUAUAUCCCCCUUUACUACUCUGGUUGUACAGAAACUUUGCGAGUUGCGAUUCAUUACUUGUAAUAAGUUUUUUUUUUUAAUGAAAAUAACAUUACAGAGGAAAAUAAUCACAAUUUAUUCUUAACUUAACAAAAUAAAAAGAUUGAAAAUAAAAUACAUUGUGGUAAA